ACCGGUCUAACUCGUAACCUGGAGCCCAGUCUGCCAUGACAGUCGUCGGUGUAACACGAGUGCGCCGUUAAACUUUUUGUCCAACUUUGACUGUGUCUUCCCGACAAGAGGAACGAUCCAAUGGGCUAGGCUGUUCCAACCUCCGCUAAGCACGUCCGCGAUAACCAUGGAUCGAUGGCAUAGCUGUUUCAACUAUUAAUCCGGUGCGAAGUAACGCGAAUCGCACGCGUCUACGGUUUUAGUGAAUGGCGGCGGGUGGUGUGGUGGCGGUGUUGUGACGUGUGUCUCGUGUCGUGCUGGCUGUCAGUUUUCCAGCAUACAGAAAAUCGAGUCGGUGCUAAAUUCGCGUAUGACAUCGCGAAUAAUUCUCGCUGUCCGUCCGAUCGCGGCGUCUAGCCGAACGCCUGUCGUACGCUGCGAAGCAUAAGGUUCAUUCCCAACGUUGCCUGGCAUUUGUUUACAAGCAGAAGCUUCCCGUUAGUUAAAGAGCAUGCGAGUAAGGUGUGGUGAAAAAUGACAUGUAGAUUCUCGUUGCUCUUUCGCUCGUGCUUCUCUUUCUCCUUUCUAACCCUCCCCCCUUCAUCUUUGUUCUAGGCACGCGUAUUCCUAUCCUAUCCUCUCCCCCUCCUAGCUUGUGCCGGCGACUCGAAAGCCUCGCGAAGGCAAAAGUUCGCUGUCACGCGCCGAUCGUCACGAUAUUGUUUUCGCACGAAACCGAUGCUUUUUAUCCGUAAAGAUCGGGGUACGACUGUAUAUAAUUAGCGCGUACCUCCCCGAAACUCAUCAAGGAAGGACACCGGAAGAGAGACGAAUCUUGCAAGAAUUUCGCAGCGGUUAUCAGGAUCGAAUGCCGGAAACGACCGGCCAUGAAGAAACAGUUUGCUGCGGUAGGUUCACGCCCCUAUACUCGUCUGUACGGUCUCUCAUCGACAAAAAGUUUAACAACGCAUUCAGUGUCCCGUGAUCCGUGCCGCGUUCGAACCUAGUGCAGACUUUCCAUGGUGUUUCGAGUGGGAAUAUAGCCGUACCUGAGGGAACGUGGCUGGUAUUUUAUCGCACGAUAACGGGGCAUCGAAAGUGACGUACCGUUUACUCGGAAUUCGCUCCGUGACAGGGGAUUUCCUGUUGCCGAUUUGCAACUUGCCCGAGCGUGUGCACGCCGCUCGAUGCCCUCCCUCGUUUUUUCUCUCCGUCGUGUCGCUGCACUGUGAAUUAUCCCGUCGAGUUUUCAUCGUAUCGUGCUCGAGCGAUACGCGUCGCGAGAUCGGCGAGCACAUUCGUCGUUUCGAUGGACAGUGUCGUCGCGUUAUGCGUGUGGGGCCGAAAACGGAAAUACGCGACUGCGCGUAAAACUGUGCACGCGCCGCUUCCAAUCAGGAGAGGAGAUAUCCAGUGUUAUCUCUUUCUCGCGUUCGAUUCGAGAUCUGUGCUGUGAAUGAGAAAAUGUUUAACUUUAUGAAGAAGGCUACGGAGAAGGACGACAAGGAGAAGCGAAAGCGAGAGAAGAAGGAACGAAAAGAUGUCAAGAAACGAGAUCGCAGUAGUAUGUCCGCUGAGGAAUUACUACGGUUGGAUGAAGUACGGAGAUCGUUGAAGAUUCCUGGUCGCCGGAAGGAAAAGGAAAAGUUACCGAGUGGUAUAACCGCCGACUAUAGUGCGUCGUUUUUCGCUUACUUAGACCGCGAUCUGUUGGAGAACUCUCAGAACUCGUCGAGUUCCGGUCAAAGUGUGAGAACUGGUAACAAUUGGAACACGAGGACACCGGAUGGUUUAACGCAGAGCGAUUCCUCGGAAACCUCACUGACUUCGUUGACAAUUACCACCACGACGUCUUCCGCGACGCCGAGCAACGCCACCGGUGGGCAAUCUAGCAAGAAUUUGCCGCCAUUGCCGCCGAAACCGCCAAAACGCGGAAUUUUGAAAGGCCCGCGCUUGAGCAUCAGCGGCACGACGAACUCUUUGGCGGAGGAGAAUACGUUGCCCAACGGAAACGAGGCGAAUUAUCAGGAAGCCAGUAAUCUGUUGGUCAGGAACACGUUGCAAAACGAAGUGAUAGCAUAUCAGAACGUACCUGUACAUUUACCGGGAUACGGAAACACCGUGAACAAAGAGGAAGGUUGCAGCGAAGAGGAAACGCAGACUGCGCAGGGUUCGUGGCAGGUUUCGCCUCAGAGAGCUGCACAACAGAAUCAGCAUCAACAUCAUCAGCAACACCAUCAUCAUCAUCACCAGGGUGAUUCGAAGCUGCUGCAGGUUGUAACAAGUGCGAGUCCGUCAGCGGACUCCUUAACCGACACCACGAAUUCAAGUUUCGCAACCCCACCGUUCAGCCUGUCGCCCGUCGGAGAAUCUCAGGGUUUAUCCCGCUGGAGAUCAUCCGCAUCCUUCGAGGAACAGGGUGUGGAGCUCCAGCUACCGGAGAUUAUCUCACUGGAGCUCCCAGAGCCUCGGGAAUUGACCAUCCAAAGACAACCGCCGCCACGAAAUGAUUUUGGAUUUUCGUUGCGACGGGCCGUGAUCGUAGAACGAUCGGCCAACGGUGUUACUCAGAUGAGACCAGUGAUCUUCGCCGAGCCUGGUUCACUGAUACAACACAACAACGACACCGGGUUGUUGCCCGGGGACAGGCUAAUCGAGGUCAAUGGGAUCAACGUCGAUGACAAAUCCCGAGAGGAAAUUAUCGAUCUUAUUAAGGGGUCAGUCAACAGUGUUACCGUGAAGGUGCAACCGGUUGCAGAAUUGUCGGAAUUGUCGAGACGAGGUGGUAGCGACGGUCGUCAGGUCGAACUUGCAGCAGCGAAUAUUCGUGGUGGUACUCUUCGACGGUCCGGCAGUUUGCGUUUUCAUCAGAACAUGGCACGGUCGGAAGAACAUCUCGCACAAGAACAAGCAUGGCUAAGCUCGGAAAGGAUUUGGUUGUUGCAUCGGGGUGGUUUCACCCCGGCGACAAAAUGCGGCCCAGCAGAUCCAGACACUGGAAAACUGAGAAUUCGUUUGACUACUUCCGGCGAAGAACUUCUGGUUGACGAAGAAGAUGUUGAAAAGGCCAAUCCCCCGCAGUUCGACAAGGCCGAGGAGCUCUCGCAAUUACGCUUUCUCAAUGAAUCCUCUGUUCUCCACACACUGAGACAACGUUACGCCAGCAAUUUAAUACACACUUAUGCGGGAGAUAGCAUGAUCAUAAUCAAUCCGGUGGCGCCACUCGCUAUUUACUCGGAAAAGGUGGCACAUAUGUUUAGAGGAUGCAAAAGCGAAGAUAUGCCACCACAUGUUUAUGCAAUGGCACAAGCAGCUUACAGGGGGAUGCUUGCAACUCGCAGAGAUCAUUCCUUGGUUUUUCUUGGUCGCAGUGGAUCAGGCAAAACUACCAACUUCAAACAUGCCCUUCAUUAUCUUGUAUUGGCUGCAGGCACAGUUAACAAAAUCUUGACUAUUGAAAAAUUGAACGCUCUUUUCACGGUGCUGGAAGCUUUUGGAAAUAGCAGAACACACAUGAAUUCAAAUGCAACACGUUUCACACAAAUUUUCAGCCUAGACUUUGAUCAGUCAGGCCAAAUAGCAUCUGCUUCUUUGCAGGUGUUGCUUUUGGAAAAAUCCAGGAUAGGCAGGAGAGUAAACGGGGAUCCAACCUUCCACGCCAUUUAUCGUUUGCUGGCAGGUGCUGAGGGUGCACUGAGAAAAGAGUUGCACCUUACUAAUCUAGUCGCGGAAAACAAUGCAUUUAUUACUCCACUUCAGAAACACGAAGACAAGCAACGUGCUAUGGUCGAGUUCAAUCGAAUUGUGGCUGCAUUUAGGAUCCUCGGUGUUUCUGAAACGGACGAAAAAGUUAUUUGGCUGGUACUUGCCGGUAUUUAUCAUCUGAGUUGCGCCGGUGCUGUUAAAGCCGGCACCAGUUCCCAAAGUCGAUGGCAAUUCGCGAGAGUAGAGUGUGCUGAGAAAGCUGCCACACUUUUGGGUACUACGGUCGAGGAAUUGAGUAGAAUAGUGUUUUCUUCUAACGGAGGUGGUGCUGGUACACCGAGUACUCCGAGACCUGCUCUUCGAACACCCAGUCCGACGGAGCAGGGCAAAGAUAUUAUGGGUUUGGACGCCCUGGAAGGUCUCCUUAUUGGACUCUAUUCCGAAGUGUUCCACUGCGUAGCGGCUCUUAUUAAUAGAUCCAUAUCAUCCUCCAUACACACUGUGUCGUCCUUGUUGCUGUGCGAUUCUCCAGGUUUCCAGAAUCCAGCCUCUUGUGGACGACAGACUGGUGCUACUUUCGAAGAUCUUUGUCACAAUUAUUUGCAGGAACGACUGCAGUUGCUGUUUCACCAUACCACACUAGUAGCACCCAAAGACAGGUACGUUCAAGAAGGUAUCGACGUCGAUUACGAAGACGAUUGUGACGAAGAUGGUAUCGGAUCACCUCAGGGUUUAAUUUCGCUGUUAGAUCGUGGAAGUUCACAAGGCGCGACAAUGUUGCGAACUAGCCAAAGUGACCUUAGCGGAAGUAGACAAAUGGAACGGAAAGGACUUCUAUGGUUAUUGGACGAAGAGACAGUGUGUCCUGGCGGUAGCGACGAAACGUUCCUUGAUCGAUUGUUUUCGCAUUAUGGAGAUCGAGAUCAUCAAAUGCUUCUACGGAAAGCACCCGGAAACAAUCAGUUUGUUUUACAACAUUUACUGGGUACCAAUCCUGUACUCUACACAGCCACAGGGUGGCUCAAAGCAACUCGAGAAAAUCCUGUUACUAAAAGUGCCAUUACAAUUUUGCAAGAAAGUUCGAGGGAAGAUGUCAGCAUGUUAUUUGUCAGUGCACGCGGAGCUGGAGUUUCUGGAGCCUUAUGCAGUUCGAUGCCUGGUUUGGAAGGUUCGCAGUCUUUAAGGAGAGCUUCUAGUAUACGAAGAACAUUCACUGCUGUGAAGAGGAAAAAUAUUUGUUUGCAGGUCAAAUUUACUGUUGAUGGACUGAUUGAGACUUUGCGAAGAACGCGGGUUAAAUUCAUCCAUUGUAUACUUCCCCAACACAAUGCUGGGUGCACAGAUAAUAAGAGCCUGUUGUCUGUGAAGUCAAACCAAAGCGAGGACAGUGUUAUCAAUGUACCCCUUUUGCGGUCACAGAUUCGCGGUAGUCAAAUAAUUGACGCUAUUCGGCUGCACAAGGUCGGAUUCCCUAAAUACAUGGCUGUCAGUGAAUUCAGAAGACGAUUCAGUUUAUUAUCAAGCGACGUAAAUGCUCGACCAGGUAGUCCUGUUGCCGAUGAACGUCGUGCCGUUGAAGACAUGAUGCUCACCAUUGAUGUUGAUCCAGCUUUGUAUCGUGUUGGUCAGAGUCAGAUAUUCUUCAGAUCUGGAACCCUGGAGCGAUUAGAGGCCCAAAGAGACGAGAAGUUAACUGGACACAUUAUUCUUCUUCAAGCAAGGUGCAGAGGUUAUCUAGCACGUCGUAAACUCAACACGCUGAAAUUGCAAGAUCUCGCGGUCAGAUGUAUCCAGAGGAACGUAAGGAAGUGGAUGUCCGUAAGAGAAUGGCCGUGGUGGAGAUUAUACGUGAAAGUUGCACCUUUAUUGAACGUUCAUCGGACCGAGGAUCAGUUAAAGGCAAAAACGGAAGAGCUUGAGAUACUCAGAGCGAAGGUCGAAAGGUUGGAGCAGGAACGGAAUCAUCUGAAACACGACAACGACAAACUUGAAGCUAAGUUAAGCGAAAUGACCGCCGACUUCGCGGAGGAGCAUUCGACAUCGACGCUGGCAGCGGAGAGGAUCGACGCCGAAACGUCGGAGCGUCUUCGGCUGGAGAGAGAACUUCAAGAUGUGACAGAGGCUAACAAGAAUCUUCAGCAAACGACCGAAAGACUGGAAAUGGAGCUUUUGUAUGCAAGAGCAGCGGAUUUGAACGGCGUCGCAUCCGACGCCGAGGACGGCGAGGAUGGCGGUGUUUACAAACAGCGGUACGAACACGCCGUUAGAGAACUGGAGUUCACUAAGAGGAAAAUGGCGCAACAACACGAGGAUGACCUGGAACAAUUGGUGGGACUUAAGAAACAAUUGGAGAAGAAGUUAGCCGAUGCGUACGAAGAGGUCGAAGAACAACGCCAGGUGGUUGGACAAUGGAAACGUCGCGUACAAAAAUUGAACGGUGAAAUGCAUGAUCUUAGACUCCUCCUGGAAGAACAAACGGCCAGGAAUAAUCUUCUAGAAAAGAAGCAGCGCAAAUUUGACUCGGAAACGCAGAAUUUAAUGAACGAUCUUCGACAAGAGAAAGCACAACGUGAAAGGCUUGCCAGAGAAAAAGAGAUCGCAAUUGCAGAAAAGUUUACUAUAGAACAAAAUCUGAGUGACGCCAGACUAGAAAUUGAAUUAAAAGAAGAAAGACUGCGAACAUUAAGCCAAGAGUUGGAAGAGCUGACAUUCGGUGGUAAAACAGAAGAAGAAGUGGCACAAUUGAAGAAAGCCAAACACGAGCUAGAAAAGAGGGUAAAAGACCAAGAAGAGGAACUCGACGACCUUGCUGGUCAGGUGCAGCUUCUUGAACAAGCGAAAUUGAGGCUGGAGAUGAGCAUCGAGCAACAACGAAAAGAAAUGCGUAAAGAGUUACAACAAAGGGAUGAGGAAUUGGAAGAUGUGCGUGGUAAUUCAUUGAAGAAGGUUAAAGCGCUGGAAUCGCAACUGGAAAACGAACACGAAGAGAGAACGAUACUUCUGAGAGAAAAACACGAAUUGGAACGACGUUUAGUUGCCAUAGAGGAACAGGACCGAGCUGAACGCGCUGUAGAAGCUGAAACUAUGCUUAGGUUAAAGAGAGACUUAAAGAGGACCAAAGCACUACUCAGAGAUGCUCAAACAAUGUUAGAGAGAUCUAAAGGCGACUCAACAGGCAAAGCAGCAUUACGACAACUGAAGAAUCAAUUAGAGGAUGCUGAAUGUGCUAGAGCCGCUGCAGUUAAAGCGAAGCAAGCUUUGGAACAAGAAUUAAAUGAAACUCAGGCAUCACUGGAAGAAGCUUUGCGACAGCGCUCUGAAGCUGAAGAACGUGCCAAUGUAGCCAACCGCGAACGAACUGAACUGCUGUCGCAGUUGGAAGAAAAUGAGGAAGAGCUUGCUGAAGUGUUGAAGAAGUACCGUGCAGCAGUUCAACAAGUGUCAGCGGAGCAGGCUCAGUUACAAGAGGCACAAGUGCAAAUUGCAGCACUGGAGGCAGAGAAAUCUUCAUUGAAAGAUCAGCUUUCAGAAUUGACCCAACGUCUUGAGUCCGUAGAACAACUUGGUGAUCCUACUGCAAAUAGUCUUGCCACAAGACGACUAGAGUUUCGUGCUAAGGAGCUUGAAAGCAAAUUGGAAUUGGAGCAAACGACUAGGGCACGCUUGGAGACGCAGAUAGCAAGAUUAAAAGAGAACGUUGAGAAACUGCAAACUGAAUCAGCAUUACUAAGAACGAAGGAGCAGACUGCACAAGAUGCUGCAAGAAGAUUACAAAGAUCAUUGCGCGAAGCAAGAGAAGAAGCUAGUUCAGCAUUGGCACGUGAACAAGAAUCCACAAGAGCUCGUCGCGAAUUAGAAAAGUCACUUGAAGCUGCUGAAGCAGAGACCAAAGUCGCCAGGGAUGACCUUAGGUUGGCACUUCAGCGAAUCGACGAUUUGCAAAGCGCCAUUCAAGGAGAACUCGAUUUGGAUUGUAGCGAGGAAGGAACUACUGAAAAUAGCGAUAGUGAUUGAUGCGAACAGUUGUCGGACCUCGAGUCCGACGAGAACAAAGACAAACCGACUGAUCAACGCAUCUCUGAGAAUCUCCCUGAGGAUCCAUCGUUCACCGACGCCUCGAUGGAUAACUGUUGAUCGAGCAAGUCGGAAGGAAGAAAACUUGCAAGAAGCGAAACAAGCAAUAAGAGGGAUAUCAAAAACAAAAACAAAAUCCAUGUGCUAGUUCAAAUCUGUUAGAUUUAGUUUCUAAUUGUAAACAUCUUAUCGUCGUCACUGCCGAUUGAGAAACAGCAAAUCAAAGAGACAUAAAAAUCAAACGGGCUAAAUGCGAUCAGUACAGAUUUUUCAUUGAAAACUAGACCAACAAAACGAAAUCAAUCGAUUUGUACCAAUCUUUACUAUCUUUAUAUUCUUCUUCUACAAUUUUACUCUUACGAAACGAAGACGAGAUUUGUAACACUGUAUAAAUGUCCCUAGGAAAAUUCGAUGUCGUGGCUAUUUAUAUUCUGCUUCUUAACGCGCGUUUUGGUGCUACUUUUGUCCGACAGUAGUUUUUCGUCGACGAUGUCGUUGUUCCAGUCUUCCAAGGGAGAUCUAAUAUUUUCGAUGCUGUAGGCAUCGAGGCGUGCAUAUUUUACGUGUGUACGGUUACCAAAACGGAUCGCUUUUACAAUGGCGUUUAUAGAUCACACUUGCUAUGUACGUGGAUAUAUCUAAAACAGGGAGCCUUAACUUCUUCAUGAGCGAAAAGCAUUUUACGCUUUUUUAACACUUCGCUACCUAGCCAACACUAGUUGGCUACACAGUUUGUAUUAUAAGACGCGGAUACCGACUCAGUUCUUUGGUUUCUUAUAAGGAUUCACAUGUAACUUAUUGCUUUGUAAAAUGCAGAUAUCUUAUUUAAUUAAC